GCGUGUGUGUGUGUGUGUGUGUGUGUGUGGCAGCACAGUUAUGUCAUUGACAUUGAGCGCUCGGCUUCAGCUCGGCAUGUUGUCUUUUUUCUGGAGAAACGGAGUGGAGACACCGGGACCGCUAAAAGCAGACGUGUCAGGCUCCAUCCCAGCAUGGCUUCAGGGGACACUUUUGCGCAAUGGUCCUGGUCUGUUCUCAGUUGGUAACACUUCAUACAAGCACUGGUUUGAUGGAAUGGCACUCAUUCACAGUUUCACCUUUAAAGAUGGGGAUGUAUUUUACAGGAGUAAAUUCUUGGAGAGUGAAACAUUCAAAAAGAACAUCGCUGCCAAUAGGAUCGUUGUGUCUGAAUUCGGGACCAUGGUGUACCCAGAUCCCUGCAAGAAUAUAUUCUCUAAAGCCUUCAGUUACCUGGUGAACGCCAUUCCAGAUUUCACAGAUAAUAAUCUCAUUAACAUCAUAAGAUAUGGUGAAGAUUAUUACGCAUCAUCAGAAGUGAACUACAUUAACAAAAUUGACCCACUGACACUCAACACAUUAGGAAGAACGAACUACAGAAACCAUAUCGCCAUCAACUUGGCAACCGCACACCCUCACUAUGAUGAUGAAGGGAACACGUACAACAUGGGCACUGCCAUUAUGAACUUUGGCCGACCGAAAUAUGUUAUUUUCAAGGUGCCCGCCAAUGCCUCAGAUAAAGGGAAGAAUAAGCCAGCCCUGAGGAAGGUGGAACAAGUUUGCUCCAUUCCUUUCCGCUCCUCGUUGUACCCAAGCUACUUCCACAGCUUUGGCAUGACGGAGAACUACAUUAUCUUUGUGGAGCAGGCCUUCAAGCUGGAUAUCCUCAAACUGGCCACCGCUUACUUCAGAGAUGUCAACUGGGGCAGUUGCCUGAAAUUCGACAAAGAUGACAUUACACUGAUCCAUCUGAUCAAUAGGAAGACUGGGAAACCUGUGAGCACAAAGUACUACGCAGACCCAUUUGUGGUCUUCCAUCACAUCAAUGCUUAUGAGGAAGAUGGCCAUGUCGUCUUUGACUUGAUUACAUACCAGGACAGCAAUCUGUACGAUAUGUUCUAUAUACACAACAUGAAGCAAGGUGUUGCAGAGUUUAUAGAGACCAACAAGGAUUUCGCUCGACCGACAGGCCAGCGGAUUGUCCUUCCUCUCAACAUAGACAAGGAAACUCCACCAGGCACCAACCUGGUCGCGGUGCGGGACACAACAGCCACAGCAGUGCUGCAGGAGGACGGCUCACUCCACUGCACCCCUGACACUAUUUUUGAAGGUCUAGAAUUACCUGGUAUCAACUACAAAUUCAACAGUAAGAAGUACAGAUACUUCUAUGGCACCAGGGUGGAUUGGUCACCCUAUCCAAGCAAGAUCGCAAAAGUGGACACAGUUACCAGGACACAUAAAGUGUGGACAGAGGAGGAAUGUUACCCAUCUGAGCCAGUGUUUGUGGCAUCUCCGAAUGCUGUUGAAGAAGAUGAUGGCAUUAUCCUGUCUUCUGUGGUUUCGUUCAAUCCCCAAAAGCCACCUUUCCUAGUGGUCCUGGACGCUAAAUCCUUUAAAGAGAUCGCUCGCGCUACCAUUGAUGCUGCUAUUCACAUGGACCUGCAUGGGCUUUUCAUCCAUGAGAAGUCUACCUAAAAUGGACAUCAAAAUGAUGCACCAACCC